GCAGGUGUGGCCGUCGUAGGGUGUAGACGCGCGCCGAGUCUCCGUCCUGGUGUGUGUGGUGGCCAGGUGUACAUAAGUGUAGGCACAGUGUGUACGGAACCGUGUGCGUCAAGGCCGCCACGAGGAGCCUCCUGUGUGCACACCAGCAACACAUGACACUCCAGAGUAGCUCCAGCACGUAGCAACCAUGCCAUCAUACUCUUACAAAGUUAACGACCCGAUCAGUCCCAUCUCCUACAAGCAGAGGAGCACAGCGCCAGGCGCCAGCGGCCCGCCGGACCACACCACCCACACUAAGGAUUACACCAAUGGCGCCUCUGACGAGCGCUGGCGCCAAAACUACGUCCCCACGCCCUACGAGUCCUACAAGAGUAAUGGCUCCGGGUCGACGCAGACGGCGGAGGGCGACACUGUAGGGGAGGAGAGUGACCGCGGACAGUGGGGGUCCAAGGCUGAGUUUAUUCUCUCCUGUGUUGGUCUCUCUGUAGGCAUCGGCAACGUCUGGCGCUUCCCCUACCUCGCCUAUGAGAACGGUGGAGCGGCCUUCCUGUUCCCGUACAUCAUCCUCCUGGUGCUGAUUGGCAAGCCCAUGUACUUCAUGGAGACCGCCCUCGGCCAGUACAGUCAGCUCGGCCCCAUGAACGUCUGGCGUUGUGCUCCAGUCAUGCAGGGCGUGGGAUUUGCCAUGGUAAUAUUGUCUCUUAUUACUGCUAUAUACUACAACCAGCUGAUGGCAUAUUCCCUCUACUACAUGUUUGGCAGCUUUGCUUCAGAGGUGCCGUGGGCCAGAUGCCACCCUGACUGGGCUGACUCCAACUGUUUCGACGUGGACGGGUUGUAUCCGUGUCCACGGUACAACCUCACGGCUCCCACCGACACCGUCAACUGCACCACCAGGAACGAGUCCUCGGCUCAACAGUUCUGGAGAAAUGGCGUGCUGCGUCUAGACAAAAAUGGCCUUCAAGAGUUUGGUAACAUUGGCACAAUUCAGUGGGACCUGACGCUGUGUUUGUUGUUGUCGUGGAUCAUAGUGUUCUUGUGCCUGGUGAAGGGUGUGAGGUCUUCUGGUAAAGUGGUCUACUUUACUGCUACCUUCCCCUACGUCAUCCUCAUAGCUCUCCUUAUUGUUGGCGUCAGGCUGGAGGGAGCUUCAGAGGGUCUGAGGUACCUGUUCGUGCCCCGGUGGGCGGAGCUGCUGAACGUGACGGUGUGGAGGAAGGCGGCCGAGCAGAUGUUCUACUCCCUCUCCGUCUCCUGGGGAGGACUCAUCAUGUUCGGAUCAUACAAUAAAUUUAGGAACAAGGUUCAUAUCGACGCCUUCGUGGUGUCCUCCUUGGACUUCAUCACGUCACUCAUCGCCUCCGUGGCCAUCUUCUCCGUGCUUGGUGCCAUGUCCUCUGACCUCGGUAUUGACAUCAGGAAGUUGGCUGCCAGUGGUCCCGGGCUGGCGUUCAUAGCGUACCCUGAGGCCAUCUCCCGCACCCUGCCCGUGCCGCAGCUGUGGGCUGUACUCUUCUUCUUCAUGCUCUUCACACUCGGACUCGACUCGGAAUUUGCGUUCCUGGAGACUGUGCUGACGGCUCUGUGCGACUCUGUGCCGAGGCUUCGCAAUCACAAGGUCGUCAUUACCUUCGUUAUCUGUGCCUCCUGCUUCCUCCUGGGCAUCCCACUCUGUGCCACGUUAGGGCCGUACAUCUUCUACUUGUUGGACAGCUUCGGAGGCGGCAUUGGUGUACUGCUUAUUGCCAUCUCCGAGUUAGUUGCCCUUCACUGGGUGUAUGGCGUCCACCGCUUCAGUGAAGACCUCAAGUUUAUGUUGGGCUACAGUCCGUCCAUAUUCUGGAAGGUGUGCUGGGUCUUCAUCGACCCCAUCGUCCUCAUGAUAUUGUUCAUCUACUCUGUGAUCACCUGGGAAGAUCCUGUCUACAACAACAUUGAAUUUCCAGCUUGGGGCAUUGGUAUUGGUUGGCUGUUGGCGGGUAUCUCUGUGGGCAUGAUACCUCUGGUGUUUGUUGUCAGAGUCUUGAAGAUGCUCGUCACUGGGAAAAUACGUGAUGUGUUCAAGCCGGCCACCAGCUGGGGACCCGGGUGCCCAGAGGCCAGGAGAGAGCUGCUGGCAAUUCAGUCCACAUUUGACAUGAAUGAGACCAAGUAUGGUAUAGACAACCCAGCCAUGGACACCAGAUAUUACCCUCAGUGACUCUAAGGUCAUAACGUCUUCAUAACCCACUAUAUUUUUAAGCAUCGGUUGGCACCAAGAUUAACCAAAAAAAUUGUGUAUAUUGUCUAUACAGGGUAUUUAUAUUUCCAUGCACAGUAAUAGCAAUACCUUGUUUCAGGGGGGCCAAAUUUACCCGAAUUUACCUAAUGUAAGUUUUUGAUUGAUAUAGAUGUAAACAUUUAAUUCCAAUCCAUGAGAUUAAUAUAAUAGUUUCUUGCAGUAGAGUACUGUAGUUAUAAGUGACUGUACAUUGAUAUAGCAAUACAGUAUACCAAUAAUGUUAUGGGCUCUGUCCACAUUACCUUCCUUAGCGUAAUGAUCAACAUCUUCCACUAGCUCACACAUUUUGUAAGCUACUUUUUUAGUUACUAAAAUCAAACAUUAGCCCAAGUAUUGUUUAAAUCCUCUUUUGUGAAAGAUAAUUAGCUCAAGUUAUAAUAGUGUACUGUAAACAUAUCUAUAACAAGACAAAGGAAUUUCUAUUCUCAGGUCAAGGUUUGAUGCUCCGUCCAAACGUUAGAAGCCCUGAGAACAGGAGCUGUGUCAGGAGAAUAUGUUAGAGCAAUCUUUGCUCUUAUUGAGGUUUUGUUGCCCGAGCUUUUGUGUGUAACCUGCAUACGUGACCAUUAUUCAAGGUUAAAUGCCAAAAAUGGCGUGCUAUCCCUGCAGGAAACCAUAUACAAAAAUUUGGGUAACACUUCUCGAGUGAGACAUGUAUUAUACCAUAGUCUUAAAUUUCAGGUUGUUCUGCAGAGUUUUAUAUUUGUGUAGUCUACAUGUCUUCUUUGUCUCCCAGACUAUAUUCAGAGUGAGUCUGAAGACCUCUUAUACUGUAUCUCUUUUUUUAUACAGUAAAUACAUUGUAUCUGAAUAUUUUUACUCGCAUAAUGUUAUUUGUUCUAGUCCAGUGAUGCUACACCCACCAUCUGUAUAACUUAACACUACACCCAGCACACCCAGUGGAGAGGUAUACUGUCUGCCAGUCACUAUACCUCUCCACGUCACAACUUGCCUGGUGACUCCGGUUCCUACAGAAGAUAUCACCAUGAAUACAAUAUUUUAGUUCAUCUUUAUAAAAUAUUUAAUAAAAUCAUUAAAUCUACAUGGCACACUUUUGUGAUGAAAUUUCUAAUGACAGUAUGCGAACAAGGGAACGCAGGUGGAGAUAGAGUACCCAAAUGAGCCACAGGGACGUUAGAAAGAACUUUUUCAGUGUCAGAGUAGUUAACAGGUGGAAUGCAUUAGGCAGUGAUGUGGUGGAGGCUGACUCCAUACACAGUUUCAAGUGUAGAUAUGAUAGGGCUCAGGAAUCUGUACACCUGUUGAUUGACGGUUGAGAGGCGAGACCAGAGAGCCAGAACUCAACCCCCGCAAGCAUAACUAGGUGAGUACUUAUUGAUGGUGACUCCUCAUGCUGCACAUUUAUUGAUGGUGACUUUCUUAAUGGCAUACUUUUGUUGAUGGUGACUUUCUUAAUGGCAUACUUUUGUUGAUGGUGACUUUUCUUGUGACACUUCUUGAUGGUGACUUUCUUCAUGAUACACAUACUUACUCUUUCUUUAGAUAUAUUAGUGUUUAGUAUGUUACAAGAGCAUACCAUCUACCUCUAUGUUGGCAUACCUCCCCCCUCCCCCCGGUAUGCCGCCUGAGCCAACUCAAAUGUUUUCACACUUGUAUGUUGGUCAGUUAUCAUGGUGUGAUGACUGGUUUACUUGUCAUGAGAAAUUUGUCAUGACAAAUCCUUCACCAAAUGUUUCAAGUAUUACUUUUGGGUUUUUGAAACCCUGCGGUUGUGCAUGUUUCCAUGGCUUUAUGUACUCUUGGCUUUGUUCUCCACUGACAGUCGGGGAUCCCGGGUUCGAUUCUCGGGCGGGACAGAAAUGGUUGGGCACGCUUCCUUUUCCCUAAUGCCUCUGUUCACCCUAACAGUAAAUAGGUGCCCGAGAGUUAGGCAACUGUUGUGGGGUUGCAUCUUGGGGCAGGGUCAGUAGUUAGACCUUAAGGCAACCUCAGUGCAGGCUUCCUGUCCCCGACAAAACGAAUUAUACAUGAGUAGUGUUAACCAGAGCAUUGUGUCCAAUUUAUGUGAUAAAGUUGGAUUCAUUUAUCUGAAAUGUCUUCUAAUAUAUAUUUUUAAUAUACAAUAUAAUUAUCAAGUGCGUGUGUAUUAUUGGAAGUUUUAGGGGUGCAAUAUAUUUUGUCGUGUAUAUUUUUUUGUGCUGGCAAAUAUUUUUUUCUUGAGAAAAAUUAACAUUUCAUUCAAAUAAUCUAAAGAUUACACUGACUUAGUCACAUUCCAUUAACCACAAAUGUGUUUUACUUGUCUCAUUUUAAUUCUUGUACAUUGUGUCUUUGUUAGAAGAUCAAUUUGAAUGAAUUCAAGAAAAUACUUUACAUUCAUGCUUAGAUUUUUCACUGUGAAUAAAGAUGAAUAAUAAUAUUUUAAAUUAUUAUUUUAUAUUUUGUAACGUUUCGAGUCAAUUAACUUGAAAAGUAUAAUAAAUGUAUAUGUAGUAUAUGUAUAUGGUGUAUACAGUAUACAAUACUGUAUAUUAUAGGCCUAUUAUAAUAUAAUUAAAAUAAACUAUAUUUCAUAA